UGGUUGAAGAGAAUAGAACCCUCAAAGUUGCAUGACCCAACGAUCGUGCAUAUAUUUAUUAGAUAUUUUUUUAUUUUCUCUUUCAACUAAAUGAAUUAAAUUAAUUUUCCUAAAUGUACGUUGCCAAAAUGCUGUUGUUUCCAAUAUUUUAAAUCUCAAAAUUUUUCUUUGUUUAAUAUAAAACUUAAAUCUUGUAUAGAACGUAAAAUCCUGCAAUUCAAUGCAUUUUAACAGAAUAUUUUCAGAUCUUUGUUCAAAGUUUGUUUGAAAAUGAUCCAGUGAGAAGUGAAAGACCUAUUGCAUGCUUUAAGCGUCAGCAAAAUUGUUGCCAAAACUAAAUCUCUUCCAUCACUAAAAGUACAAGGCUUGGCCUGUCCAGUCUGAUUCUUUAAGAACAGGUAAACACAAAGUCACUUCGGUCAAAUUUAUUGCCAUGGCCGGGCUUCUUCGUGUACCACUCUCUACACUGCAGCCAGCAAACAAUACAUGCAGGGGACUGAGAACCUCAGCCCGAAGAUUCAAGGAUGCCGCGCCUCAGGAGAUUAAAGGUAUUCCUUACAACAAGCUGAAUAUCGGAGUUCCUAAAGAGAUCUGGACCAAUGAGAAGAGGGUUGCCAUCACUCCAGCUGCUACUGCUAUGCUGGUCAAGAAGGGAUUCACUGUACAUGUUGAGUCUGGUGCGGGAGCUCUUUCUCAGUUCAGAGAUGAUGACUUUGCAGCCAGCGGAGCUAAAAUAGUUGACAAGAACACUGCUUUUAAAUCGGAUAUCGUUUUGAAGCUGAGACAACCCUCCCUUGCUGAAACUGGCCUUUUCAGGGACGAAGGAACCCUGUACUCCUUCCUGUAUCCUGCUCAGAACCAAGAUCUUAUUGAUGCUCUGGCUAAAAGGAAAAUAACUGCUUUUGGUAUGGAUUGUGUUCCAAGGAUCUCCAGAGCUCAGGUGUUUGAUGCCCUUUCCUCCAUGGCAAACAUUAGCGGAUACAGAGCUGUAGUUGAGGCGAGUCAACACUUUGGCAGGUUCUUCACUGGACAAAUUACAGCUGCAGGAAAAGUUCCACCUGCAAAGGUUCUUGUUAUUGGUGGAGGAGUAGCUGGUCUAGCUGCUGUUGGUCAGGCUAAGAAUAUGGGAGCUAUUGUCAGAGCUUUUGAUGUAAGACCAGCAGUAAAAGAGCAGGUUGAGAGUAUGGGAGCAGAGUUCUUAGAGGUAGAUAUCCAGGAGGAUGGAUCUACUGUAGGAGGAUAUGCUAAAGAGAUGUCCAAGGAGUUUAUUGAGGCAGAGAUGAAACUUUUCCACGAUCAAUGCAAAGAUGUAGAUAUUGUUAUUACUACUGCCCUCAUCCCUGGGCGUACUGCUCCUAUCCUCAUCAAGAAAUAUAUGAUUGACAGCAUGAAGCCUGGUAGUGUUGUUGUAGAUUUAGCAGCUGAAGCUGGAGGAAACAUUGAGACAAUCAAGCCUGGAGAGGUUUACACCUACAACAAUGUAACUCAUAUUGGAUUUACUGAUCUUCCUUCACGUCUUCCUACACAAGCUUCUACUCUCUACGCCAACAAUAUCUCUAAACUGAUGCUGUCUAUGCAGGGAACCAAGGAUCACUUUUACCUUGAUAUGACUGAUGAUGUUGUUAGAGGAUCUAUUGUCCUCAAUAAGGGUGCAAAGACCUGGCCUCCAAAUCCUCCCAUUUCUGUUGCUGCCGCAGUAUCGCCCAAGGCCGCUGCAGCUGCCAAAGAGCCACCACCACCACCAAACCACUUCAAUAUUCAGCUAACUCAGGCAGUUAAGUAUAGCGCAGGUCUGGGUGCUAUCAAUGCACUGGGAGUUGGAUCCCCUAACGGAGCUUUCACCAACAUGUCCACUACAUUCGGACUGGGUUGCAUUGUUGGAUAUCACACAGUUUGGAGUGUAGUGCCAGCUCUACACUCGCCUCUUAUGUCUGUAACCAAUGCUAUAUCAGGUAUAACUGCAGUUGGAGGUCUGCUGUGUAUGGGAGGGGGAUAUUACCCAACUAAUGCUUGCGAAGGGUUAGCUGCUGGAGCUGCAUUUAUCUCAUUUAUUAACGUAUUCGGAGGAUUCAUUGUCACUGCUAGAAUGCUUGACAUGUUCAAGAGACCAACUGACCCUCCAGAGUAUAAGUAUCUUAUGGGAAUCCCUAUCUCCACUUUCCUAGCCUCUUACGGAUGGGCUGUUACACAGGGUUACCCUGAAGUUCACAAGAUGGCGUAUCUUGCCUCAUCCCUCUGCUGUAUUGGAGCGCUUGCUGGAUUAAGUGCUCAGCCUACUGCUAGACUUGGAAACAUGCUUGGAAUAAUCGGCGUGUCGAGUGGUAUUGCAGCAACUCUUGGACUAGUCCAGCCUUCUCAGGAGGUGCUGACUCAAAUGAUUGGAGUUGCCAUAGCUGGAGGAGGUCUUGGAACCGUGAUUGCUAAGCGUAUUGAGAUCACAGAUCUACCUCAGCUUGUUGCUGCUUUCCACUCAUUGGUUGGUAUGGCAGCUGUGCUUACCUGCUUCUCAACCUAUAUUGACCAUUAUCCCACCUUUGAAACUGAUCCAGCAGCUACCAUGAUCAAGACUGCGUUGUUCCUCGGAACAUAUAUUGGAGGCGUCACAUUUACAGGUUCUUUGAUUGCCUACGGUAAGCUGCAGGGGCUACUGAGCUCCAAUCCACUGAUGCUGCCAGGCAGGCAUGCAUUGAAUGCCGGUCUUCUUCUUGCUAAUGUUGGAGCUAUGGGAUACUACCUUGCUGACCCUUCCAUGUCCGUAGGAAUGGGAAUGCUUGGAACUACCGCUGCACUAUCUGGAGUUAUGGGAGUUACCCUGACAAUGGCUAUUGGAGGAGCUGACAUGCCAGUUGUUAUUACUGUGCUGAACUCCUACUCUGGCUGGGCACUGUGCGCUGAAGGUUUUAUGCUAAACAAUAACUUGAUGACAGUUGUUGGAUCUCUCAUUGGAGCCUCAGGAGCUAUUCUUUCAUACAUCAUGUGUGUUGCUAUGAACAGAUCCCUCCCUAAUGUGAUUUUGGGAGGUUUUGGAACCAGUAGCACUGCUGGAGGAAAACCUAUGGAAAUAACAGGAACAGUAACUGAAUGGAAUAUUGACCAAACUGUUCAGGCCAUGGUUGAUGCUAAGAGCAUUAUUAUUGUUCCUGGUUAUGGACUCGCCGUUGCUAAGGGACAGUACCCUGUUGCUGAACUUUGCACUAUUCUCAAGAAGAAAGGAAAGAAUGUAAGGUUUGGAAUCCACCCUGUAGCUGGACGUAUGCCAGGACAACUUAAUGUACUAUUGGCUGAGGCUGGUGUUCCAUACGAUAUCGUUAUGGAGAUGGAUGAGAUUAAUGAUGAUUUCCCAUCCACCGAUCUUGUUCUUGUAAUUGGAGCCAAUGAUACCGUUAAUUCUGCUGCUGAGGAUGAUCCCAACUCUAUUAUUGCCGGCAUGCCAGUUCUCAAAGUGUGGAAGUCAGCCCAGAGUGUUGUAAUGAAGCGUUCUCUUGGAGUUGGAUAUGCUGCUGUUGACAACCCAAUCUUCUUUAACGAGAAUAAUGCUAUGCUUCUAGGAGAUGCCAAAAAAUCCUGCGACGGGCUUCUUGCUGGACUUCGCGCUCAUUACAAUAUGUAAUUCUGAACCCAAGAGCUUAAACUAUUUCUGGAGACCUUAACAUGUAUAUGGAGUCAGUAAUAUUUGAGUAAAUGUUCUUGCUUCAAAUUA